AUGACUACUCGUCAAAUAAAAUUCUCGAAAGCUGUACCACCGAAUAUCUCUGAUAGCAGUUCUGCUCUUUCGUGUAACAUUCAAAACGAAUCCUCUCAGUCGCAAUCAAAUUCAACUGUAGUGGUCAAGUCUGGUGGUCCGUCGAAACUUGUGACAAUAAUCACAAAGUAUCCCUUUACUUUCGCGGCUCUUCUAGUCACGUGUAUUUCCGUAUUAUGUGCAGCAAUUGUAUGCAUUGUUAUUCUCACUCACAAUUCACCAAUUGAUGAGUCUUCUUUAAUGAACGUUACAGAAGAAUUGUUGAGCUCGAAUAUUACACUAACGGAGAUAACAACGGCUACCACUGAAAGAAAACUCAACAAAUGGAAACAGAAUGCAACGACUGUCGCUGGAGGAAAUGGAAGCGGAGGAGAACUCAAUGAACUCGCUUAUCCUUCCGGAAUCUUUAUUGAUCAAAACGAUGAUAUGUUGAUUGCUGAUUUUAGGAAUCAUCGAGUUGUACGAUGGAAACUACAUGAAAACGGAGGAGUAGUUGUUGUAGGCGGGAACGGAAAAGGAAAUGGAACUAAUCAAUUGAAUGAACCAUCCUGUGUGAUUGUGGAUCAAUAUAAUAAUUCUUUGAUCAUUUGCGACUCUGGAAACAAACGAGUGGUUCGAUGGUUCAGUGGAACUCAACACAAAACUAUCAUUCAAAAUGUCGAUUGUUUUGGUUUAGCAGUAGAUAAAUACGGAUAUCUUUAUGUUCCUAAUCCCAGGAAGAGUGAAGUUAGAAGAUGGAAAAUAGCAGAAGAAAUUGGAGAAGAAGAAGGAGUAGUAGUUGCUGGAGGACACGGAUAUGGAGACAAUCUUAACCAAUUCAAGAGUCCCGGGUUUGCUUUUGUUGACGAUGAACAAGCAGUGUAUGUAACAGACCAACAGGCACAUCGUGUAAUGAAAUGGAGGAAAGGCGUUGAUGAAGGAAUUGUUGUUGCAGGUGGAGACAAUUGGGGAAAUGAUCUGAAUCAAUUGGCUCGUCCUAUGGGAAUAGUUGUUGAUCAUUUUGGCCAAAUCUAUGUUGCUGACGAAGAAAAUAAUCGAAUAAUACGUUGGAGUGAAGGGAGUCGACAAGGUGAAAUAAUUGUUGGUGGAAAUGGAAAAGGAGCAGAAUCGAAUCAGUUUGCUUAUUCUAAAGAUUUAGCAUUCGAUACUGGAGGAAAUCUAUAUGUCGCAGAUGUGGGAAAUAAUCGAAUUCAGAGAUUUGAUUUAAUUUGA